AUGGAUAAAACAGAUUCUACUUCUAGCGAAGUGUCUAAUAAAAGAGGUUCUGGAAGUCGCCGUACAUUGUCAGAUGUUCUUUUCGAUAGUGUGCAAAGGGAACAAAUCAGUCAACAUGAAAGUCCUGAAUUUACCCUAUCACUAUCAGAAACAAAACAGACAGAUACCAGACCUAAAGAAACAGGAGAUCCACUGUCACACAGAUUGGAGUUUACUCCUGAUCCCAUGGAUCCAGUUUGGAACCAAAGGGAAGAUGCACAUCAUAAUGUGUAUGGUAGACAGCAGCAGUAUAGAAAACCUAUACUUGCAGCAAGUAAAUAUGAUGGCACUACGCCGUUAAUGGAUUACAAAGCUCAUUUUCAAACCUGUAUAAGAAUUAAUAAAUGGACAAAGACAAGACCUUCUAAUAUAGAAGAAGCUGUUCAUAUAGCAGUAGAAUCAGAAUCCUUCAGAGUUUCUAAUGAAUCGAAGCGUCCAAAACAGAAAUAUUCUCGGUCUGUAACAGAACCAAAACCAGAAAGUGAUGGUGCAAUUGACAAAAGUCUAGCUGAUCAAAUUAUGACCCAGAUAACGCAAUUAACUGAAGGAAUGAAAUCCUUACAGACUAAAAUAGACAUUCUCGAAAAACAGAAGAAACGAACAGAUAUUAUCUGUGAAAAUUGCAAGAAGAAGAGACACUCUAGUACGAAUUGUUGGUUCAAGAAAGACAAUACAAAGAAGAAAUCCAACGAUAAAGCACAUACAAUGAGAAAUAAAAGUAACAAGAAAAAAAGAAGAAUUAAUAAGUUCUUAAGAGCUCUAUGUGAAGCAGGUCUACACAUGCUAGCUCAAAUAGAGAACCCAGUCGUCGUUGCCGAUAUAGGAUCUCAUUGUAUAUUUGGAUUAGAUUUUCUUGAGAAACAUGGUUGUAAGAUUGACCUUAAAAACAGAGAAAUGGAGUUAUCCGAAAAGACAUUAAGCCUUCAAUUUGUAGGUGGUUCAUCAGUGAAAAGAAAAAUAGCUGCUAAGAGUAUAAUGAUUCCUGCUGGUCAUGAAAUGAUAGUACCUGGUAGAAUCCAUGAGUCGGUUAAGAACGAUUUGAACGGACAAACCGUCAUGAUAGAAAAACAUCCAAAAGAAAAGGUGUUGUCAGUGCCGGUUAGGAUCAUGAAUGUUUCUACAAACCCAGUUACAAUUUUUAAGUAA